CUAAACCUUUAAACCCUUUGUCUUGUUUCGAUAAACAGUAGUUGUGGUCUAUCUUCUCAGGGCAGUGAAAUGAGAGGCAGCAAAAAACAUAAACCCUAGUACUACUGCCAUUGAUUCCCUUUGCAGGCAUUACAGCUUAUUUCCCCAUUAAACAAAAACAGUGUCUGGUUCUCAAUAUACCCGUUGAUCUGUUUUAGUUAUUGAAUGCUUGAGAUUCAUCAAGGGUUUAAUCUCUUCUCUGGGUUAAUAUUAUAUUAUCCAUUAGUUCGAGCUACUGAUCGCUUUACUAUGGCAUCUCCAUGAGAGUUCAAUGAAAAAUCCAACUUUGAACCUUGGGUGUCUAUUAGAAAAACAAAGGGGUGUUUAAUUAGGAGCUAGGUAUGUCGUGGGGUUACAAUCUUACUGAUGACCCUUUUUUCAUUGACAAAUCGUGUCUCAAGGGUUCUUUCAGCCUCUAAGGUCUUCAUCCCUCAUCGUCGCAUCCAAUUUCACGGUGGGUCUCAUCCACAAGGCAAUAAAGAGCCUAAGGCAAUCCAAAAGCAAGAAUCUUGGUUCGUUAAGGUUGUAUGCACUCUCUUUGUUUACUCACAACCAUUGGAUGAUGCCUGUUUGAGUUACUUGAACAACAAUUUAACACCUUUAAUUGAAUUCGAAGUUGUUAAAUGGUUAAAAAACCCAACAUUUGGGUUGAAGUUUUUGGAGUUAAGUAGGUUAAAUCUUAAUAUAAAUCAUUCUUUUUGGACUUAUAAUUUGCUUAUUAGGUCAUUUUGUUGUAUGGGUUUAUAUGGUUCUGCUAGAUUAGUUUUUGAUUAUAUGAAGAUUGAUGGGCAUUUGCCUGAUAGUACUUUGUUAGGGUUUAUGAUUUCAUCAUUUGGGAGAGCUGGUGAGUUUGGCAUGGCAAGGAAAUUGCUUGCUGAGGUUCAAUCUGAUGAUGUAAUGGUCACCAUUUUUGCAGUGAACAACUUGUUGAAUAUGAUGGUUAAGCAAAAUAAUCUAGAAGAGGCAGUUAGUUUAUAUAAGGAGAAUUUAGGGUUGAACUUUAACCCGGAUACUUGGACGUUCAAUAUUCUAAUUCGAGGCCUUUGCAGAGUUGGGAAAGUGGAUCAGGCUUUCGAGUUUUUUAACGAUAUGAGGAGUUUUGGCUGUUUUCCUGAUAUCGUUACAUAUAACACCAUUAUUAAUGGGUUGUGUAGGGAAUAUGAGGUAGAUAGAGGUCAUAGUUUAUUGAAUGAAAUUCGAUUGAGAGAUGAUUGUGCACCAAAUGUUGUGACUUAUACAUCGGUUAUAUCUGGUUAUUGUAAGUUGGGGAAGAUGGAGAAGGCAUCUGCGCUUUUUGAUGAGAUGAUGAGCUCCGGAACUUUGCCUAGUGUUGUUACUUUUAAUGUUUUGAUUGAUGGCUUUGGCAAAGUCGGUGAUAUGCUUUCCGCUAAAUCGUUGUAUGAGAAGAUGGCUUCUUUUGGUUGCAUUCCUGAUGUUGUUACCUUCACUUCGUUGAUUAAUGGAUACUGUCAAAUUGGAGAUGUGAACAGGAGCUUUCAGCUUUGGGAUGCAAUGAAAGUGAAGAAUGUAUCUCCGAAUGUUUAUACCUUUGCAAUUACUAUUAAUGCGUUAUGCAAGGAAAAUAGAUUAUGUGAGGCUUGUCGAUUUUUGAGGGAGUUGCAAUGUAGGAAUAUUGUUCCAAAACCAUUUAUCUUCAACCCUGUGAUUGAUGGGUUCUGCAAGGCUGGAAAUUUGGAUGAGGCCAAUCGAAUAGUAGCAGAGAUGGAGAAGAAAAAAUGCGAUCCUGAUAAAGUGACAUUUACUAUUCUCAUUAUCGGGCAUUGUAUGAAAGGAAGGAUGCUCAAAGCAAUUAGCAUUUUCGAUAAAAUGUUAUCAGUCGGUUGUCCUCCAGAUUAUGUUACUGUACGUUCAUUGAUAUCUUGCCUUUUGAAAGCCGGGAUGCCUAAGGAAGCUUAUCGUAUUUCUACGAUAAUCAUGAAGAUGGAUAGUUCAUCAUCCGUGGAUAACAACGCACUCUCGAGCAUAAAUAGGGACGUGGUUGUAGUUGCUUAAGAAAAAAGAUCCCUGAUGAUUAAAAUUGGUGUCAUUCCAAAAUAUCGAGAAGGCUCAUCAUCAUGCAUCAACAUCAAGUAUCCGAUCAAGCACAUCCAGCUUGAAGCACAAAUGGUGUUGCAUUUGAUAAGUGAAUGCAUAUGUAUAUAUAGAUCUUUAUGAAAUCGGAUCUAUAUGUAUAUAUAGAUGUAUAAAUCGGAUCUGUUGUUGAACCUUAAUCGUAGGUGAAGGAUUUAUGUCGAGUUGCAUUAUUGUUUCUACGGGUUUGCAGGAUAGCAGAUAAGCAUUUUUCGAUAUAUCGGUUGGAACCAUGAUGGUACGUUGUCGUUGCUUAUAUAAGAGGGUGGUAGAUAGGAGAUUAAAAGCUACAUCUUAAAUCCAAAUUUGGUAGGGGAACAACACCAAUGAAUGUUUAGCUUCAAAUGCUGGAUGAUGCUAUAGAAAGCUUGCAUGAUGUACCGUGGAGGUCAGCCAUUUAUCCUUGCAGUUCAGUACCUCGCCAUUCCAUGUCUGAUAAAAUCUCCAACACAGUAAUGUAAAAUUGAAGCAAUCCAUGUUUAGGGUAAGGGAAAAAAUGGUAGAUCAAUUUCCUUGUGUUAGAUUUCACUUUUCCUUCUUUGUAGCUAUUUGGUAUUGUUUUCUGCCAUUUUCAGCCUCUCGCAUGAUGCAUGCUACAUGCAACGUUUAGUCUGUACAGAUGGUUAGAAAAUUUUCAAAAAUUAAUGAAAUUUCUGCCUUUCCAUCAAGAAA